AAGUAUAAAUAGGCUUCUUGAGGAUCACUUUUACAAUCUGGGACCCUUGUUAAUAUUUGAAAGGCUCAGAUUCUAAAAUCUAAUAUUUUUUACUUAUGAGGCCAAAUACAUUAUAAAAAUCAGUAAGAGGAUUUGUCCUCAUUUAAAUUUACACACAUGAGCCCCAUUUUGCUAUAAUUUAAUAUUUUGUUGUGCUUCUAUUUUUGCUUACAAACUGAAGAGGUCUUUUUUAAUACAUAGAAGUCUUUGUGGGCAGGUGUUAUGCAAUAUAUGGCACUGAAGGAUAUUGCAUGGAGGAGAUAACAUCAAAUCCUGUAUUUGAACAUCACCCCUGUCUGUGGGAACACUGCAGUGCAACCAUGUGUUUGCUGUGUGUGCGCUUCUGUAUGUACAAAACUGUUCUUCCAGAUUUUUAUUCAGUGCAUCUGUUUAAGUGGUACAAAACAUGCAUCUCCAGCUGGGACGAACUAGGGAAGAAUGAGGGAGGCAAGCUUUCCUCCUCAGGAGAGAUGAUGUAAUUAAAAACAAGCUUAUCUCCAGAAAGAAUCUGCAUGUCUAUUCUAUUCCAUUUCCCAGAAUCAGGUGCCUUGUGGUGUCCCUGACUUUGCCUGAGAGAACUUUCCUCAAGUUCUGCUGUCUUUGCUUCACCCAUCCUGCCGUGGGUUGCCAUGCUCUGGGAAUGCUGGGUUUUGACAGCUGUGCUGAAGCAGGAGGAAAGUGCCAAGACAGAAGAUUUCCCUGGGAGACUGUAACAUCUUGCAGCUUUGCUGUCACUUGUUAUGUGGUGGUGAAUGCUGAUGCACACUCUUGACCCAUCCCACUGUGAUCGCUGCCCUUGCUCCCAGGAAGGAGCACACUGUAACCAGCACAGCUCUCUGCACGGGGAGCAGUGAAAUGCUCUUGCUGUCCUUCCUCAGGCUGGAUCCCUGUCCUCGCUUGGUGUACCGUGUGCACCACAAGCACACAGAGCCACGCAAUAGCACAGUGACAAAAAAGAAAAAAUAAAAGUUUGAUGGCAAGAAGGAAUCCUCAAAUCAACAGUUACUGCCACCCAAAAUGUCUGAGAUUCAUCUUUUCAGCCAGUGCCUCUAUGUCGAGCUAAUUUCCUUGGUAGCACAGACAAUGAGGAAACAAUCUGAGCAGAUCAAAUAUGGAGGCAUAUUUGGUAUUUCAGCAGACUUUUUUGUUUUGUUGUUUUGUUUUUUUUUUAAUGCAUUUGAAAUCUAGAAUUUAUACUGCAGAAACUCAAGUAUGAUCCAACUAUACACUUACUGUUAUUUUAUUAAAUAAAAGUUCUGACUGCUUUUAAUGCAGUGCUUGAAAACUCAUUAGGAGUGAGAUGUAAAUAUAGUAAACCAAUGAGCCUGUUGAAGCUUUCAUUAAUGUAAGUAUUUGAAUAGUUGGGUUUUUCAAGAGUUAGAGUUCUUUGUGGUUCCAGGUUUCUGGAUUUUGUUUAGCUACUCCUGGGUUACAUAGGCAGUAGAUUAUAAUGAUGCUGUAUCAGAUUGGCUUCUCCUAAGGGAGAAAACACACUCACUGAAGAGUGUCAGGACCAGUAUUUGGCAGGGGGAAGAAGAGGUUUGUUUUUGCUUUCUCUAAGUGAGGAUUUGAUAGAGGAAUGAGUACUGUGUGUGUGUGCACCCUUCCAUGGGCUUGGCUGCACUUGUUAGUGUUGUCAGUGCUGUGAGUGCUGACUUGUUUUCUGUUUUGUGAAAAUCUUCAUUUGAGAAUCAGACACUGAUUUUGGGACUGUUCCUCCUUGUUGAGGUAAUGUUUGGCAUUCUGGUUUGCGCUAAACUAAAACUAAACUUCUAGAAUAUGUGUUCAAGGAUUCCAAGCAUAAAAUAACCCUGCAGAAUUUGACACACUGUUUUAAAUAGUGUAGUUCACUUUUUUCUUCCAUUCUGUUGAUGCUUUUUAGGUAAACAGUGAUAAUUCCAUGGUGCCAGUGAUGGCCUAACCAAAAUGGGAUAAAUAUCUUGGGCAAAGAUAGAGUGUGAAUGAUUUAUAGAUUGUCUGGAAGUUUUUUAUAGAUAUGACAUCAAUGGUAAGUCACUUAAAAAUUAAAUUUCUCUUGAAAAACACAGAGGCAUAGUUAAUGUGGAUUUUUUCACCGCAAUUUUGAAAAUACAUUUAUUCAUAUGUUUUAUUCUUCCUGGAUUUGUCUUCUAUUGCGAUAGUAUUGCAAUAGAUGUUUAUUGAUAUUUGCUUUACUUGUCUGUUGUGUUUACUAAGACUCUUCCAAAAUUCAGCUCACUUCCUUUUAAUCAACUAUGCCAGUUCUGACCAGCUUAAUUCAUGUUUUAUAGAGGUUCUGUGUCUGGGGAGAGUACAGACAAAGUUAAAACUGCUUGAAACUUGAACUUAAAACAUUAUUUUAUAGUAGGUGAGUAUGAGUAGUGAGAGUCUUAGCUCUGGUACUGAGUUUUCUCUUUCUGUUAAAUAGUAGCUGAUCCUUCACUUGUCCACUUUUGCAGCCAAGGAAAGCCUGAUCCAUGGAACAGUACAGAGGCUCUGGAAGCAGAAAGGAGGAAAUGCAGUUUAUGUCAGUCAGAAUUGUUUGUUGUCUGAUAACAUCACUGUCUCAGCAGGGAAAUCAUUUCCUGUAAACAAUAUGGCUUUAUCUGAAAAAUCUGCUAUUUUAAUAAAGUGAAAAAUUAUUUUUCCAAGUUUCACAGAAGCCUUAUCUUUGUCUGACAGGAAAAAGGGAAGCGGCAGGGAUGAAAGAUGCUUUGUGAACUGAGCUCUGUUUACUUAAGCUAUGGAAAAUAUGCUGAAAUCAUAUACAUUAAGUGCAUAGCUUAAUGCAUUUUUUUAAUAAACACAUUUUCCCACAUACUAUUAAAUUAGUUGAAUUGACUAACUACCAUCUAAUGGAAAAUGAGAUCUAUUAACCAUCUCUUCUUCUGGAGAUGUUUUACACUUGUUCUAAGGAAUUUAUAAGAUAGCAAACCUCUAACCUGGAUCACAGACCAGUGUUGCCAGUCCACAGAAGCUUUUUAACUGUGUGUGAUGUCCCACUAGACAUGAAGUCUUGUUCAUCCCAUGAACUGCCUGCCAUAGCUGCUGUGGGCUGCUUCCUGCCUGUAAUGGAGACAUGAUGCACCCAGGAUUUCCACUGUCACAGCUACUUUGGUGCUCCAGGCAGAGGCACUUCUUGGAUUUAUCCCACACCAAGGGGUUGACAUUGGUCUGUCUCUGUCAGCUGGCGACACAAACUUUGUACCUUCAGAGAUGUGUUAAUGAAAUCUGGCUUCUGCUACAAAACAAAGAAAUACCCCCAACCCCUUCCUGCUUAAAUUGGUCUUAGAAAAAAGCUGGUGUUAUAGGAUAGAGGCAGAAAAGCAAGACACAAACUCUGUCUUAUCAAAAGAUGGAAUCUUUGAGGGGCAAAGGAGAGGGAAGAUAAUUUUGUAGAGUUUUCAGAUCAGAGGCACUAGUACGUAUGUUGGUUCUUUCUGUUCUGUAGGAAUUUCAACACUGAUGUUACAUCUCCCACUAGUAAAUGUAUUUAUAUCUGUGUUCAGCUCAGGGAUCCUCACAUCAGAAAACAUAGUGAAAACUUAAUUAAGAAGUUGUGAGGAAUUUCUUCUAUCUAUGUUCUUUAUGCUAUGAUGCUUCUUGGUCAACUAAAUUGAUAGGUGUUUUGUAGGUUUUUGAAGCACAAAUUUCCCAGAUUUCUCCUUUCAAACUUUUUUGACUUGUUGCUAUAUAAAGUUUUUUUCCUAUUUGGAAUCAGUGAAUUCAGGAAAAUUUAGCCACUUCACAUGCUUAGUAGAGAAAAUAAAUAUUUAAAUAAUCUUGGAUGGUGUUUCAUGGUAAGAGUAAAGAUUUUUAUAUAGUUUUUUUCUUUUUCUUUAAUAUUAAAAAACCAAGUGCAUGUUGAACAAUCAGAAGUAGUUUCCAUACAGAUGUUCAUCUUAAAACUGUUUUUUCUAUUUAUUUAGGCUGCUAAAGUGCAGAUUUACUGUAAAAACUGUGUAUAUAUACACACACAAAUACAUAUAUAUAUAUAGAGAGAGAGAGAGUAGUGUAAGAAUAAUCAAGAUCUCGUGAAGUUUUUCACAGGGCAAUGCUAACAAGAAUGUUUGCUUAUUAAUACUUCAACUGAUGGAAGAGGCAGUAGUUAAUAUUGUGAGAUGCAGAAUGAAGGCAGCAAUUCCUUCCAUCAAAACCAUUCUUUUUGAUGUAGAUGCCAUUUUAAUUAAACAUCCAUGUGUGCUGCUGUGUGACAGUGACCAUGUGGAGGAUUGCACUGUGUCAGGCUCUGACCAUUCACUGGCAGUUCUGGUUCUGGAGCUCUUGCAGACAUGGCCUGCAUGCAUGGGAACCACAAGGCAUGUCAAGGUUCUGCUGGUCCUUGGCUGGAUGUCCUCCACUGUUUCCAAAUGGGAUAUUAGGAAAUCCUAGAAUACCAAACUUCCCUGAAUUUUUCUUUGAGCUGCAGCAUUUCUGCUAGAAAAAUAGGUAAGUAAGGUCACACUAAAGUAAUAACCCCCAAAGGCUUGAUCUCAAUGACAGCUCACAUCUGUUAAUUACAUUUGAUGGUUGUUUUUAUGGCAGAGUAGUGCUGCUGAUGUGGGACCGUGUAAUCUAUCUAAAAUUGUUGUGACUGAAAGCCAGAUUCUGACUCCAUAAAAUUCCAUAACAUCUGAGUGACUUCACUGAUUUCUAAGGUGUUUUUUUUUCUGGCUCUCAUUAAUAUGAAUGAGCUUAUAAUCAGGCUUCAGUUAUGGUUCAGAAUAUAUCAGAAGAUAAAAAUAUGAGCAAAUGUAAACUGUCAUAAAGCAGGUGAAGUGUCCACAAUACAUGGGUUUAAUCAUAAAUAAGUUUUGCAAAAUUGUCAGCUGAGCUAUAACAGGGAUGAGUAAUUUCUCAGCAGAGUUUCCUUGUAUGAACAUAAAACCAGAACUCAUAUAGUUUUAUUGGAUGUUUAAGUAGUGGUGUCUGUGUUACAAAAAUAACCAAACCCAAACCCUUGCCAUGGUGUGCUAACGAAAGGAGACUGAGCAGAUGGUUUUUAGGGACUGCACUUCACGUGUUAUGCAACUGUGCUGUUCUUCCAGAGAAAGAGAAGUGAAGCAGAAAGAAGUCUAGCUAAACCUUUAAUGCUUAAACUUCCACUCAUUGUUAACACAAAAAAAUGACUGAAGAAAGCUCCAAAAAUAGAGUAUUCAGGUGUGCAAGCUACAAAAUUUAUUUGUUUUUACCCUCCAAUUUGAACAGUUAUCUCAUUAGAGCAGCAGAGUUACAAAUUAAGCACCCUCAACAUGUUUUUAUCAAGGAGGAAGGGAAAAGGAAUAAUAAAUUGUUCUUGAAUGAGGAAAAACCUUGUAGCAUGGCCAAGAGAACAAUGCCAGACAGAAUACAGAGUUGCUUGGGUUUGAGAUACUGCCCAAUGAAACCUGAAGAUGAGAGCUUGUACUGGAGGAGUAAUAAAAAAAGAAAUUCAAACAGCUUAUUCCAAUUAAGGAGUAUAACUGGAGUUCCUGUCAGCCCUAGUAAAUGGUAUUUAGAGAAGUGAAGUCACCUUCUCUUACAAAGACUGCCUGUAAAAUAUACAACUCAGUGUUGUUAUCACAUUUCAGUAGCUGGAGUAUUCAAAAGAUAAGCAGUAUUAGUGGUUUUUAGGAAAAAUGUAAAACUGUAAAUGUUCCUUAAAACAUUUUGUGGUGUAAUCUCUAUACUAUAAAAAAUCCUCUGUAAGAGAGAGGGGAAGGAGGGGUUGGCUAAAAUACCCACAAACACUGUGCAGCGUAUGUGUUUUCCUCCUUGGAGCAAAGAAUGAGUAGGUGGUGACUGGACCUUUUGUCAGUCAAGCAAUAUUACUCUGAAAAAGGAUGUAUUUACAGCUUUUCCCUCUUAAUGGAUUUUCAUUCUAUCACCACUAUUAAUUAUGUCAAAGAGGGAGGUAUUGGGCUGUGGUAACGUGGAAGAUGCAGAGAUUAAUCAGCAAAAUCAAUGGCAUCAGUAUGGCACAGAUCCCUUAGGUUUCUUUUUCAUAAGUACAAAUGUGCUCCUUUAGAGUCUUGUUUAUAUGGGCACAGUGGUCCCAUCAACCUCCUUCCGUAGUCACUGGGGAAUUCUGGAUGCUUCUGACCCUCCAGAAGCUACAGGCAGACAGACCUAGAUCAUGGCAUCACAGAAGGGUUUGGGUUGGAAGAGACCUUAAAGGUCAUCUAGUUCCAAGCCUCCUGCUUUUAUCCAAUCCAUCCAUCCAUCCACCCAUCCAUCUAUCCAAUCCAUGUCUCUCCAAUUUGGAGACAAGGAUGUUGUGUGGGACGGUCUCCAAUGCUUUUCCAUUUCCAUAAGUCCAGGUAAAUGAUGUAAGUAGGUAGUGGUGGUGGUUCUCAUUUUCCUGGGAGAGAAGUUAAUGUAUGAAGAUAUUUUGCAGAAAAGUGAUGAAGAUGAUUGAGAAUUGUACAGCAAUCUGCUGAAGUCAAACAUAUGAUGCAAUGUCUAAUCAAAUUACCAUCACACAAAUCAUGGAGGAGCUGUCAGAUUUGUAUCGUUUGGGCAUAUCAUGCUUGUCAAACUCCUCCUGUAGAGCUAAUAAAUCAAACCCAGCAUGAUUGGUGCUGUUUUUCCUCUCUGUUCCACUAUCCUAUAAAUAGCUCCCUGUUCCAUGAGAGCCGUGGCAACUUUCCCAGCAGAAAUAGGAUAACAAAGAUGUCUAUCCUCUACACCUCUCUUUGUGCCUUUUUCAGUACCACGUAGUGGUGUGGAAAAUAUUCCAUUUGUACUAUGAAUUUACCUUUUUUAUUUAGUGUGUAUAUAUAUUUCCUUUUGCCCUGAAUCACAGUAAAGGUGAAAAAAGGAAAUCAGAGUGCUGUUUGGCUAUUGUGCUGCACUUUUUAUACAUAACUAUAAAUAUAAAUAAUCUUCUGUUUUAACAGUCCUACAUUUUGAAAAGCUUAAGGCAAAGUUUGCUUUCUCACGUGCAUUUCUAUCACAGUCCAGCUGCACAGUGUUCAUUUUGUACUAGACUGAAGAAACAGCACAUACUAGCAUUUCUUAACUUUCAUUUUUCUAGUAUAAUUUCUUGUCUUACAGGUCCCUGUGUAAGAAAACAACCCCCAAUCCAAAAGUACUUAAAAGAACAAGGAAAACUGCCAUUUAAACCUGCACAGUGUUCCAGCCUGUGCUGCUGUCUCCAGCUAGUUGACACCACCUACCAAAGGAAAAACAUGCUGUACAGCUGUAAUAGGAUUAAACAGUAUAAACCUGCAAGCAGAAAUGUGAUUAAUACAGGGUAUUUCUGAGUCCUGCAGUGACUAUAUUGCUACACUGAGAAAACCAGAAUCUUUAUUAGAAGCAUUUUCGGUAUGUAUAUAUUUUUUCUGAAGUUAUUUAUAAUUGUUGCCUUUCUCUCAGACCUGCAGGAGAUAAUUUUUAAAUUAACUGUGCAGUGUAAUCAGUAUCAGUAGACUAUACAAUUCUGAGAUGUCAAGAAUUAUGAUAAGCCUCAUACUAGGCUCUGGAGAGAUUUGUAACUGUGUAGUUUGCACUGGCCCAUUUUUAUUAGCAUUUUCAUUAUAAAGUUGUUACUGGAAGCAUAAAGUUAAUGUUCUGUAACAAGAAAACAGCAAUUAUGCAGUCCUAAACAAGAACUCAACAUUAAACAUGGCAGAUAAAAAUAACAAGCAGAUACAGUUACUGCAGACAGAUAAUGUGGAAAAAAAUAAUGUAGCAUUUACAGGAAGGCAAUGGUAACUUUUCUUCCUUAAGCAUAAAACUGGUUGCCAAACAACCCCCUAUAAUUUCUGAGCAUUCAUCUUUGCAUUUUCAAGUAGAACUUCCAAAAGUGCAGAGCACAAGCUCAAACUGUUUUCCCUUUGAAAUCAAUGAGAAGAUAAAAAUCUGAUAAAAAUGUAUGUGUUAAUUAACUUAAAAAAUUUUUCUUAAACCUGUGUAUCUUUUAAGAAUGCUCUUUUCUGUGUCCUCCCUCAGAAUCUGUAUUAAAUGGAUACUGUCAAUUACCUCCACAGCUGUAAAUAUAGCUCAAGUUUUCCCUUAGUGGAAAAACAGUUUACAAAACCCAGGAAGAGCUGCUUAAUUACUUUACAAAGUUUAGUCUUUGCUCUCACUAAACAAUGGUCCCUUUUCUUUUAAAAAUAAUGCAACACGUCCAUGGGGCCGGAUGGGAUCCACCCCAGGGCAGUGACGGAAUGGAGGAAGAGCUCGCCCUGGCACUCUCCAUCGUUUAUCAGCAGUCCUGGCUAAGUGGGGAGCUCCCAGAUGGUUUGAGGUUGGCAAAUGCAACACCCACCUACGUGAAGGGCUGGCAGGAGGAUGGGGGAAUUACAGCCUGACUGUGGUGCCAUGGUGCAAAUCAUUGUGUGUGUCACCACAUAAAGAGCAAUCAGGGGAUCUGUCCCAGCCAGCAUGGGGUCAUGAAAGGCGGGUGCUGCUUGACCAACCUGACCUUCUAUGACCAGGUGACGAUGUAGUGGGUGAGGGAAAGGCCGUGGAUGUUGUCUACCUGGACUUCAGCAGAGCCUUUGCUACCUCCUCCCACAGCAUUCUCCUGGAGAAACUGGCUUCCCGCAGCUUGGGCAGGUGCAUUCUUUGCUGGCUAAAAACCUGGCUGAAUGGCCGAGCCCAGAGUUGUGGUGAACGGUGACACAUCCAGUAGGUGGCUGGUCACUAGUGGUGUUUCCCAGGGCUCAGUACUCCAUCCAGCCCUGACUAGGAUCUUUACAGAUGACUGGAUGAGGGGAUUAAAUGUACCUUCACUAAGGUACACCAAAGGACAUUAAGGACACCAAACUGAGAGGGAGUGUUGGUCUGCUGGAGGGUAGGAAGGUUCUGCAGAGGGAUCUAGGCAGGCUGGACCCAGACCAGUUGUAUGAGGUUCAAUGAGGCCAAGUUCUGUGUCCUGCCCUCGUGUCCCAACAAAGCCCUGCAGUGCUCCAGGCUGGGGAGAGUGGCAGGAAAGCUGCCCAGCAGGAAAGUCCCUGGGGGUGCUGGCCAAGAGCAGCCAAACAUGAGCCGGUGUGUGCCCAGGUGGGCAAGAAGGCUGGUGGCCUCCUGGCCUUCUGUGUCAGCAGUAGUGUGACCAGCAGGAUCAGGGCAGUGGCUGUCCCACUGCACUUGGCACAGGUGAGGACACACCUCAAGUGCUGUGUCCAGUUCUGUGUCACUCACUACAAGACAGAGAUUGAGGUGCAGGAGCAUGCCCAGAUAAGAGCAGUGGAGCAGGGUAAGGGUCUGGAGCACAAGUCUGAUGAGGAGCAGCAGAGGGAGCUGGGGCUGUUUAGCCUGGAGAAAAGGAGGCUUGGGGUCACUCAAUUGCUCUCUACAGCCACCUGAAAGGAGGGUGUAUCCAGAGGGGAGUUGGCUUCUUCUCCCAAGUAACAAGUAACAGGAGGUAAAGGCCUCAAGUUGCACCAGGGAAAGUUUAGGUCUGAUAUUACUGGAUAUUCACAGAAAGGGUUGUCACGCAUUGGAACUGCCCAGGGAAUUGUUUGCAAGCAAGCACAGGAAACUCAAAGGCAGUAGAGUGUAUGUGUAUUGUAUAAUUGUUAAAAAACCCAGACACACGUUUUGGGCUUUUCCCAUUCUAUAGAAAGUGCACACAAAGUUGGAGAUUUUUUUUUUACACCAUUUCUUACAAUACUUAGUUUGUUAUACCUGAGUUCUGCUCUCUUGUUAGAAUGCUUUAUGCACUCUACUUCAUAAAAUGCUAAAGAAUUUUUGUCUUAAAAUAUUGGUAUAUAAUAAAAAUCCGUCAGGUUGGAAAUUCAAGCACUGGAAGGCCAUUAAGUGUCUAAAUCAAGGCUGUUGGCAUAUGUCUGUUUUUAUCCUCUGUGGGUAUUUUUUGUUGCAGAUUCUUAGGUCGCAGUCACAUAAUUUACUUUCUCUCACUGGACAACUGCCUCAUUUAGCCAGUUAUUGUAUCUUCCCUCUACAGAGCUUUGCCUCAUUUUGUUUUGGGUGCUUAUGGGACAUUUAUUGAUUUGCUAUUUCAACAGAAAUUACUUUCUGAAAUGCUCAUGGGGGAAAAAAAAGGAAAGUGACACACUGAGGUUUAGGGUAAAGCUUCCUUAAGUGGAUAUCUUCAAUAUAUGACAUCUAGCAUAAGGGGAUUUAAAAGUAAGUAUCACAUUUAAGCACAGCUACUAAGAUUUUCAACUAUAGAUAUACAUAAAGCAUUUCAAAGCACAUUGAAAAUGCCACAGUGAGGAAGCAGAAAAGGAGGAAUAUGCAAUUAAUUAAUGCUGUUUUUAUAUCAUAAAUGAACUCAGAGAAAAAUUUGUUCCUAAUCUGCCUUCAUAAAACCUCAUGUUUACCUCUCCACAAUUUCCAGCUUCUGUAAGAAAGCAGGCAGAGCCUUGUGCUACAGAUGAGCCCCUGUGCUGUGUAGCCCUCAUUCAUAUCUAGGUCAGGUACGUCAGCAAGGCUGAAUGAGUCAGAGAUUCUGAACAAAUGCAGUGUAUGACUGUGGGAUGUGAAAGAUUCCCAGAAAUAGCUUAUGCAAAUGGAAAUGAAAACUCUACAAAGCAGUACUAAUUCUAACUUUUGAUUGAUUUUAUCACCUUAAUUCUGUGGGGCUGCUCUAAUGGAACAGCCAAGCAAGCUGCACUCUCAUUUCACACUUGGGAAUACACAUCUUCAGUGAAAUGCUUUUCCUAUUUGUGAAUAAAACCAUACAACCAGGAAAAGGAGAAGUCAGCAUCUGCUGUGCCCUCAAUAAGAGCAUCCACACUCUGUUCAUGGAUUCCAGCUCCAGAUGCAGGCUGAAGCCCUGUGCAAUACUGAACUUGCUCUAUAUUUGAACUUUGCAUUCUCUAGCACUUGCUAGAGAUUAUUUAUUAUUAUUAUUAUUAUUAUUAUUAUUAUUAUUAUUAUUAUUAUUAUUAUUAUUAUUAUUACUGUACAAUAGUUGGUUCAUGAGAAGCCAACUCAUACCAGCCAGGCAUGGAGGCUAUGAGAAGGAGCUACUCAGUGGGCUGAAGAGAAGGAACUGGGAGCUGUAUUUCAUAAACACUUGUGUGUGCAGGAGCUUAUCUGCAAGUGGCUAGAGAGACAUCAGGGGUGAGAGAGAAAGUGCAGGAAGCAUCUGGAAAGAGAACUUGAGAAAACCAGGAAAGAUAUUCCUGUGAAUGAAAACUGGCACUGGGACCUGAAAAACAACAGAAGAUGUCAGGCAAGGGGAUGUGCAGGAGGGACAGGGAAAGCAGGGGUGGUGUGGGCCUUGAGUUUUGUCAAUAAGGAAACUGUGACAGAAUGAGAUGAACAGACUGGGAUCAGGCUCCUGCUAGAGAGGGGAUCUGUUCACAGAAUCACAGACUACCCUGAGUUGGAAAGGACCAUCAAAGUAUCAUUGAAAUCCAGGUCCUGCACAGGACAGCCUCAGGAAUCACUGCUCUCUGUGUGAGUGCCUCACAAUUGAUGCUGGUGAUUCCAGAGCCUGGAUCUGUGUUGUGUGUGGUGAAGCUGAACUCUACUGGUGACGAGUUAUGUGGCUUUUGACAUGAUGCCACUUCGAAGAACUUGAGGGUAUUUUUAUUUAAGCUGUGAAAUUGCUGAUUCAGAGCUGCAAAAACUUUGCUUCAUGAGGCUCUGUGACCUGGCCAGGCACCUCAACAGUUAUAGUUUUUCUUUCUUUUCUGACAUCCAACAGACAGACCCCCCCCCCCCCAAACAUUUUUACUGGGCCAGGCAGCAAAACUCAGCAAUUCCAACUCUGAUUUCUUGUCUUAGGUAAAGAACAAGCCUUCAUUAAUGUAGCCUUUUAAAUGGGCUUGUGCAUAUGCAAAGCAGAACUGUAUGCAGUAUGUGUAUGUAAAAAGUAAACCACGUGGCACGUGGAUGCUCAAGCAAUGGUUCUGUGUGAAGACAAGAGCUUUUCUUGGCAGGACAAUCCACCCCACUUGCUGUAGCGAGGCUCAGUGACUCAAGGACCAGAGAAUGUUCUUCCAAUGCCAAGGUAAGGAUGAAUAUUAUUCAUGUCCAAAAAAGAGCACAGUCCUUUCCUUUCAUGGGCAGUGUGUGCCUGAGCACAACUGUGCUUUCAUCUUUAUUGCUCCUAGACGUAUGAAAUGUUCUCCAGAAGACACGUGCAGUGGGUGGGAAGAGGGGCAGAAAUGGGCACAAGGAGUCCAGAAGGUAACGAGGGCAGGUCAAGGCAGCAGGCUAAAGAUGGGUUCCCAAUGUUGCUUCUCAUGAGGUCAGAACACCCAGUGAUGAGUCUGCUAUAGUAUUGCUCUGUUUUUUGCAUUUGCUCAGAGGAGACAAAAAAAAUUUGCAGAGGAGCAACCACAGCCUCUGGAAAGGUCUGGUCUUUCCCUUCUGCCUUCUACUCGAGUCUCUGACAUAAAUUCUAAAGAACACGUUUUCAUAAGAGUUGUCCCAUCUAAGUCAUUCUGAGUAAGAGAAGCAUUGAUGAGUAAAGUGAUGGAGCAAAGCUCUGUGUAAAGCUGGUGCAAGUUGUGACACCAGUGAGGAGAGGUGACUUUACACACAAAUGACCCUGCUUCCUCACACUUGCCUUUUCAUGUCCGUAAGCACCAAGGGUGUUUGUUCACAGUCCUGCCAGAGUUACCUGUGGUGACACAGAGGACAAGGGAUGCACACCCUGCUUCCCCAUGAUCUCAGCUCUUACCUCAGAAGGUAGGUUCAAAUCAGAAAGAAAUCCCUUACUGUGAGAGUGGCAAGACUGCAGAUUCUUGAGUCAAUUAGACUCAAGAUUCACAAGGAACCUGUGGAUGUCCCAUUCCUGGAAGUGUUCAAGGCCAGGUGGGAUAGGGCUCAGAACAACCUGGUUUAGAGGAAGGGCUCCCUGCCCAUGGCAAAGGGGUUGCAACGAGAUGGUCUUUAGAGACCCUUCCACCCAGUCCAGUCUAUGACCACCUCGUAUGUGCUAAAGUACCAGGCUCAUUAAAGCACAUUUUACCGCAGGUGGUGAAUUAAAACGCCUUUAGCAUCCCGAGGCUGUGUCAGCCUGAGCUGUGCAGCCCCGGCCUCCGGGGCUCCUGGGGCGGGCGGCGGGUGCUCAGAGGGGCACGGGGAGACGAGGCCGGGGUGUGGCGGUGCUCCUGGGUGUCCCCUGUCACGGUGUCCCCGGGUCCCGGAUCCUCCUCCCGCCGCUCCCUCAGCCCGCGGGCGGCGCCUCAGGGGACGCGGCCCCGCGCGGCCGCCACCGCGCAGGCGCCGCCCCGCCCCGCCCCGCCCCGCCGAGCCGAGCCGCCACUGCCGUGUCGGCGGCGGCAGAUUCGCCAUAAGGCGCCGCACGGGGACCCGAUUUUCGGUGUUGUUUUAUUUUUUUUCUUCCCUUUUCCCUCGCUCUGUUUUCCACGCGGGCCGCGCUCGGCCCCCGGCGCGCUGUCCCGCUGAGCCCCCGCGGCGAUGGAGACGGCGGCUGCAGGGAUCAAUUCCAUCUUCAUGUGUAAGCUUUGUAACUUAUUUUCACCAAGUAAGUCUGAGCUGUUGUCUCAUGUCUCUGAGAAACACACAGAAGAAGGGACCGGUGUGGAUGACAUCAUUAUUCCUCUCCAGCCUCUAACAGCGCCCACAAACACAAGCAAAGAUGGAGAAGAGUUUCUCGUAGCAAAGAGGAAAAGGGGCAGACCAAAAGGGUCCACUAAGAAGUUUUGUGUGGAUGAAGAUGUGUCAGAAAAUAACCCUGUUCCAAGCAAAGAGACUCCAGCUGGGACAGACGAAGGCCCAGAACCAUCUGAAGUCUCACCAGGCAGCCUGGAGUGCAGGAAAUGCAAUCGCAAAUUCUCCAACACACGCCAGCUGACUAAACACAUCUGCAUUAUUGUUCUGAAUGAAGGAGAAGAAGAAGGAGAUGGAGGUAAUGAUUCUGACGUUGACCUUGACAGGAAGGAAGAUGAGCGAGAAAAAACUCCCAAGAGGCCCAGAGUUCAGAAAGCAGAGAAAACAGCAUCAACUAAGGAGACUGAGCAGGUUUCAGGAGCUAAAAAUCCUAUUAUAAGUGUGGUUUUGACAGCCCAUGAAACUAUUCCAGGAGCCAGAAAAAUUGUUCCUCUUGAGGCUUCUCCUCAUGAAAGUGAACCCAAAACUCCAGACACGACAGUCCAAGACCCAUCACAACGGAAAGGAUAUCAAGAAUAUGCCAUUCAGCAAACCCCAUAUGAACAGGCAAUGAAAACAAGCAGGUUGGGCCCAACUCAACUGAAAAUUUUUACAUGUGAAUACUGUAACAAGGUGUUCAAAUUUAAACACUCCCUCCAAGCACAUCUGAGGAUUCAUACAAAUGAGAAACCUUACAAGUGUUCUUACUGCAGUUAUGCCAGUGCCAUCAAAGCCAACCUGAACGUUCACCUGCGGAAGCACACGGGGGAGAAGUUCAGCUGUGAUUAUUGUACCUUCACCUGUCUCAGCAAAGGCCAUCUCAAAGUUCACAUCGAAAGGGUUCACAAGAAGAUUAAGCAGCACUGUCGUUUCUGCAAAAAGAAAUACUCAGAUGUUAAAAAUUUGAUCAAGCAUAUGAAGGAAACUCACGACCUUCAGGACAAAAAGGUGAAAGAUGUUUUUGAUGAGCUUCGCUUGAUGACGCGAGAGGGCAAAAGGCAGCUUCUCUAUGACUGCCAUAUUUGUGAGCGCAAAUUCAAAAAUGAGCUGGACCGCGACCGUCACAUGCUCGUUCAUGGUGAUGAAAGACCCUUUGCUUGUGAGCUCUGUGGGCAUGGAGCCACUAAAUACCAAGCCCUGGAGCUUCACGUUCGAAAGCACCCUUUUGUGUACGUGUGUUCUGUGUGCCUGAAGAAGUUUGUCAGUUCUGUGAGGCUGCGUGCUCACAUCAAAGAUGUGCACGCAGAGCUGCAGGAGGAUUUUGUUUUUAAUAGUUCCAUCAACCAAAGCUUCUGCCUGCUUGAGCCAGGAGGUGACAUCCAGCCAGAGGCCCUUGGUGAACAGCAGACACAAACUGCAGGUGAAUCGACUGUCACGAGUACUGAUGCUGUUAACACCCCACAGCCAUCUGCUUCUAAAGGUGAAUCAGCAGCUGCAGGUGUAAACCACGAUGGUCAGCAUAAUGGUGAUGUAAAAAUUGAUGCAGUCCUUUCCUUAGAAUUAGAAAAUCCUCUGGUGAAGAAUGUAGAAGAGACACUGUGUCAGACAACGGACGUAGCAGUCCCAGACAUUCAGCCCUGUGUAACAUCAGAUUGCUUCCUGCUGAAAAAUGGUACUGCUGGCCCUGAGGAGUUAAAGGGUUCUCCUCCAAAUGAAGAGGUAGUUACUCACUGCAGUUCUGUAAACGAGCAGGCUGAAGAAAUUAAUCUUUUACUAUCUGAAGACAAAAGUUUAAAUGUGAGUCAGGACAAUGCAAUGACUGAGAACCUUUCAGUUCUUGGAGAGGGAAUCCAGUCUGUUCCUCCUGGUGAAUCAGAAUUAAGCAAUCCACCCAUUCAAAAUUCAGCAGAACCCACGGACCCUUUGGCAGCAGCAGAAGCUGGUGCAGCCACCAGCCCACAAGCAGCCUCUUCCAACACAGCUACAGCCAGUGGAGGGAAUGGAUCCGUGGCCUUCAUGCAGAUCCUGGACAGCUUGCAGAAGAGACAAAUGAACACUGAGCUGCUGGAGAGGAUAAGGAAGGUUUAUGGAGACUUGGAAUGUGAAUACUGUGGCAAGUUGUUUUGGUACCAGGUGCACUAUGACAUGCAUGUCCGUACGCACACUCGAGAACAUUUAUAUUACUGCUCCCAGUGCAAUUAUUCUUCCAUCACCAAGAACUGCCUUAAGCGUCACGUCAUCCAGAAACACAGCAAUAUUUUGCUGAAAUGUCCCACAGAACAUUGUGACUACUCCACUCCAGAUAAAUACAAGCUCCAGGCACACCUUAAAGUUCACUCAGAUCUGGAUAAAAAGAGUUAUUCCUGUCCUGUGUGUGAGAAGUCAUUUUCUGAAGAUCGACUUAUAAAAUCUCACAUCAAGACAAAUCACCCUGAGGUUUCAAUGACUACUAUUUCUGAGAUUCUUGGCAGAAGAGUUCAGCUGAAAGGACUUAUUGGAAAACGAGCUGUGAAAUGUCCCCACUGUGAUUUUUAUUUUAUGAAGAAUGGAUCAGACCUCCAACGUCAUAUUUGGGCUCAUGAAGGUGUGAAACCCUUCAAAUGUUCCCUCUGUGAGUACGCCACUCGCAGCAAGAGCAACUUGAAAGCUCACAUGAAUCGUCACAGCACGGAGAAAACCCACCUUUGUGAUAUGUGUGGGAAAAAGUUCAAAUCAAAAGGCACCUUGAAGAGCCAUAAACUCCUUCAUACUGCUGAUGGAAAGCAGUUUAAAUGCACAGUAUGUGACUAUACAGCUGCCCAGAAACCACAGCUCCUACGUCAUAUGGAACAACAUGUCUCUUUCAAGCCCUUCCGCUGUGCACAUUGCCACUAUUCCUGCAAUAUAUCUGGGUCCCUGAAGAGGCAUUACAACAGGAAGCAUCCCAAUGAAGAGUAUGUCAAUGCAGGGUCUGGGGAGCCUGCAGCUGAAGCUCUCAUCCAACAAGGUGGUAUUAAGUGUCCUGUUUGCAGCUUUGUGUACGGUACAAAAUGGGAGUUCAACAGACAUCUUAAAAACAAGCAUGGAAUGAAGUUGGUGGAGAAUGAUGGGGAGACCAAAUGGGAGUUAACUGCCGAGGUUUCUGAAGAAGCAUCCACUCAGUAUCUCCAUAUCACAGAGGCUGGAGAAGAUGUUCAAGGCACUCAAGCUGCUGUGGCUGCAUUACAGAACCUCAGAUACACUACUGAGAACAGUGAAAGACUGGAUCCAACAGCUGUAAACAUCCUGCAGCAGAUCAUUGAGUUGGGUUCUGAGUCCCACGAUGCCGCUGCAGUGGCUUCUGUCGUUACCAUGGCACCUGGCACGGUGACAGUGGUGAAGCAGGAGCAUCUGCAGCCUCAUGUAAGGUUUUGAAAAUCUGAAAGAUCUCUGUGAAUAACUUUUCUGCUUCAUGGUGAACUGAAAAGCAGCAUUCAAUCUUAAAUCAAGAGAGGGAUUCCACUGAGGAUUUGAGGACAGGCCCACCAAAACUGUUUUGAGCACAAUGGACCUGGAACUCCUGCUGACUUCAAAUAAAAUUGAAGAUAUUACAGUAUUUCACAAAAUGAGCUCUAGAGUAAGGAAAAGGCUUUACCAUUUUACUGCAAAUAUUUUUUCUUACUCCUUUUCAGGAAAGGGAAAAAAUAUAUUUUCCUUAUUGGCAUGAACUCAUUUAUUUCAAAUUUUAAAAUACUUUCUUGUUUUGAGAGAAAGAGAUUCCUCCAAGAGAGACCCAUUUGUAAUGAAUACUUCCAUGUAUUUGGAUGGUCCUUGGAUAUGUAAAUUAAGAACAUUAGGAAUUUAGAGAUGUUGAGCUUCUUAUGAAAACAUGGUGGUGAAAGUCCCAUUGGCUUUCGUGAGAGACAGAUUUAGUUAAUAAAGGAUAUUUAUGCAGGUACUGACUUGAUUUAAUGUGCCAGCUGUGUGUGGCUUCAGCUCCUUGCUGUCAUUCUUUAAUGAAGGAUAAGCAGACAGAUGCUUUUCAGCUGACUCUCAAACAGAAAAGAGGUCUUGGAUGCUGCUCUUCAAAAGAUUUCAGAAGCCAAUAAAGAGAAUUGAGUGUGGUGACUUCGUUCAUUCAGAUGGCAGCUGUCCCACUGUUUCAUCAAUUUGAGGGAUGUAAAUUAACAUUUUGAGAUUAUUCCCUGUGGAACAAUCUAAUAAGAACCAAGCAGAAGCAUGUAAACAUUGAACUGAUUUGAAAUGUAAAUAUCCCAAAUAAUGUGGUGAUUUGUCAAACUAAAAGGAUUACAGAUAGCUGUCCAAAAAAGAUACUGGAAGCUAGAAACACCAGAAAUAAAGGCAUUAGUUUUCUUUACUCUGCAUGACAAGGGUAAUAAACCCACAUCGAUAAAGUCAGGUAGGGAGUUUAAAUUAACUUUCUUUAUUGGCCAUUUUCAUUUCAAAAGGGUGUAAAACUGAAUAAGUAUUAGAUUGCUGCUAUUGAAUUGAAUGAGAUUCUGCUUUUGUUUCAUUUUUGUGUCAACUAUGCUUUAUUUAUUUUCCUCUCUUCAUUAUUUAUGGACAUUCACAAAGCUAUAUUUAAAAUUAUUUAUGGGUUUUGAUUCAGAGUGACAACAGUGAGAUCCAUCUCAUACUGUGUUGUGCAUUCUUGCAGCUCUUAGCAAAUGUAGUGUAAUUUUUCUGGCCUGAGGCAUGUUGUCAGAGGGUUAUGUGUAGUACACUAGAACAAGAGGGAUUAAUGUAUAUUGCAUAAUUAUAGGGCCACAUUUUAGACACCCCCAUUUCUGUAUUUGUUUGAGCAUCUCUACAUCAAGGGCUGUAAUUGUGAGCUGAUUCAUAACAAGCUGUGAGAUUCUAAUUAUCUAACAUUUAUAACUGCAGCUUCCUAUCUGAAUUCAGUGGUGAUUAGACUUUUCAUGGCCUGUUGCAAUAUUCAUUAGUAGAUCUUGUGUAUGUCCUUAACUUCCACAGAGCUGACAGUGGAGCAAGUACCCUCAGGAAAGAGGAGAGGACAGUUAUGAAAAGAGAGUUUGAUAUAAGAAUUCACUAAAGCUCAGUUGCUUUCAAUAGGAUUUAGGGUUUCUUUAAUUAUUUAAAAAUAAAAAAGGGUGCAUUAGGAGCAGCGAUAGACAAAAUUUUACAUUUCUGUGUUUGGUUUUUUUUUUUCAUUAUUUAGCUCCUUGCUUUUCAAAGAGAGGCUCAAGCUUCCAUUAUUGGGGGGUGAAAGGGCCUUAUAAAAAGAGUGAGUGAUUUUGACAGAUAGGGAAAGGACAAGGGGGGUUGUUUAUAAAGUCAAAAAGGAGAGACUUGGAUUAGAUGUUAGGAAGAAAUUCUUUAGUCAGAGGGUAGUGAGGCAUGGGAACAGAUUGCCCAGAGAAGUUGUGGAUGCCCCAUCCCUGGGAGUGUUUGGGGCCAGGCUGGAUAGGUCUAGUGGGAGGUGACCCUGCCCAUGACAGAGGGGUUGGAACUAAAUCAUCUCCAAGUUCCCUGUCAAUCCAAACCAUUCUGAGUCUAUUACUCUUUGGUUCUAUGAUACCUGCAUUUUGAGGCAACAUAAAUUGUUCUUUCUGAGGCUGGUUGCAAAUUUUAUUGUGUCAAGAAAACAUCCAGCAUCAUCUGCUUGUGUUGAGCUUGAACUUCAGCAGGAGCUGUUUAAACUCUAUUUCAAAUAAAACAUUCAGAUAUGUUUGAUAAAAGAAUGUGAAAAGGUCUUCAUUUCACUCCUGUACUUUUUGUCCCCACAAACUGAAUCCUGUGCAAUGACGCCAGAGUGAGCAUUGGUGGGUACAACUGUGCUGUUGCAUUAAGAUCAGUGACAAUGGCCAGAUUCCCUUUAGAUGUUAAGUCUUUCACCAGAUAAAAUCCACAUUUAUUUCAUUACUAUAUUACAGCCAUACUGACUUGGGGCCCUGUGAAUAAUUUAACACCCGGACAUAUUUGUUAUUUUUCAAGAAAAAGCUUCCUAUAGCCUUAUUAGUUGAGUGAAAGUUCAGAGUGCUGUGAAGUCCCAAAGGGCUUGGAAAUCUCUGAAAUCUUUUUCUGACAGGUAUUUUAAACACAAAAUAGAAAAGUCAGGAGCAAAUUCACUGUAUAACAAAGAGA